UUUGGAAACAACAAAUAAGAUAAAUUGCGUUGCUUUAGAUUUGUUAGAUUUGCUGAUUUGCUUACAGGCGGCACAUUGAAUUAUUUUAAUCCAUAUAUCUAAAAACACAGGUUCAAAAUAGUAACUGUGCUUAGCUCAGGAAAUGUUUUUUGUGCCACAUCUGAAGAAUAAGAGAGGUGUUGUCUUCGAUGUACUCCCGUUUCCUCCACCCUGUACUAAUGAAGGACAAGAAAGAUAUACCGGAAUUUUUACGAGCAUAUCUGUAGAAGUUUGCAACGCCAACGAUAUUAGAUUCUUGUACACGAAUGGAUUUUAUGGUAAAGGAUCUCAGUCACGUAGCAUUCCAAAUGUGGUAUAUAAAAAUCCAUCAGAAAUAGAUUUGGAAGAACAGGAGACGCUGUCCUUAGGUUUAGAAGAGUCAUUUUUCUUGGCCUAUUAUUUAAGAGUUCUGAAAAUCGUCGAUUUGGACAACAAAGAAUUGACUUGGCAAGAUUUUUUGGCAUCUGCUUUGCAAGUAAAUCCUUAUUUUGUGGAGUAUGUUGCUGCCUACUUAUAUUUAAAAUCCAAAGGAUGGGUAGUAAAGAGUGGACUGAAAUUUGCCGGAAACUUUUUGAUAUAUCGCAAAGGUCCCCGGUUUUUUCAUGCAAGUUUUGUAGUUAAUGUUAAAGUGCCUUCCAGCACAACUCAUUUGGAACCAAAGAAAAUAAAAGGUUUACAGAGAAUUGCUGAAACAUCCGAUAAAGAUGUCCUUAUACUGGAUAUUGACAAACCUAGAGAUUUUCAAAUGCAAAUCCUUGAAGACAUAGCCAAAUUGAAUGUAACAGAAACUAUUAUAAAGCGCUUUAAUUACACAUCUUAUGUACAAACCCAACGAAAAAUAUAAUAAAUGCUUCAAUGUUUAAAAAACUAAA